GAUCUAGAAGUCUUUUAUGAAAGUAUCAUUGUGGUUUUGCAACUCUCCUUCAUUCAUUUUGUUGUCCUAAGGCUCACGUCGACAAAGCUCUCCAGUUCCUAACUGCACUUCUGGCUGUUCAGUCAUUCAUGUGAUGUCUGAUUUUAAGCUGUGUUUCACAAGGAGCUUUAGAGUAACUGACCUCUCUUUCUCUCCUUCAGUCCCUGUCACCCUCACCUCACUGUUACUAACCUCUAUGAGACACGUCAAGGAGGAAAAGUUUACACCUAGUAUCUCAUUUAGGAGGAUACAUGUCCACAAGCCUGUCAUCUCUAAUCAGAAUCUCUUGCUAUGGGGUAUAUUUUCUUUUUUUAUUUGGCCAAGCCCUGCUGCCUGUGGGAUCCUUGUACUCCAACCAGGGAUCGAACCCAUGGCCCCUGCAUUGGAAACACAGAGUCUUAACCACUGGACCAUCAGGGAAGUCCCUGGAUUUAUUUUAGAAUUUAGAAUUUUUAAGAUUUAGUAAGAUGAUCUGAUUUAUACACCAUCCGGAUUAGAGGUGGGACCCCAUAUUUGUUGUUGUUGUUGUUUAGUUGCUAAGUCGUGUCCAACUCUUGUGUUGCUGUCUUUUCUGCCCUGUUGGCCAGGCCCAGCCAGUUUGCUUAUUCCGACAGAGAAGACUGGGUUGGGUGGUUGGUUUGACGCUCUGGGGCAGGCUGCACCCUCACGCCUUUGAUGGCACCGCGGGCUAGUUUUCUGUCCCUGGGACUCAUCUGGGCUUGAGAGGGCCAAGGUCAUUUUCUUAAAAGCUAGAAACAGUGAGUUUCACAGGAACUUUAAAAAAAUGAAUGGACUUAUUUAGGAUGUAGUUAUUCUAGUUAUUCCAGUUAUGUUGGAAAGUAGUCUGUACUCAUAAUGAUUGCUUCGGGAUAGACUGUGUUCAUCCCUUUCUUUCAUGCCUUGUUUUGACUCUAGCCACACUGCGGGGUUCAGGUCCGUCUCUGUUUCCGGCUUUCAUCUCUAACCAUUGUCUCCUCUGUUUUGGGUCUUUGCUCAUCUUCCUAGUCCUUGGACACAUGCAGGCUCCACAUGCAUAUGUUAAUACAUCUCUAGGACCCGGGACGCCACAGGAAGGUCUGAGUCGUCAGGUGAAGGGUUGAUAGCACGUGGAUCUGUCCAGGUCAGGGUGCACGAGGCAGGUCCGGAUGCCCCAUGAAUCUCAGACAAAGGAGCAGCGGAGGUGACAACAGAAUGUCAGAUGGUCACCAGCAUCUGGAGACCAGACCCUCCAGGCGUUGCACGUGUGGGUCACUGUACUGCGAAGGCACCUUGAUCCCACCUCGUUCCAUCCCACCCCUCCUUCCAGAGUCACUUCCUGUGGAAAGGCUUUCCUGCUGCUCCCACCUCCUGCUGUCAACUCCACAGAUGCCCCACCUCUGUUCCUGCUGGAACUCGGGUGAACCUUGAGGAUAAUGCUCUCUGCCCUAUGCUGGCAUCAGACAGUGAGGUUUUGAAAGCGCUUCCUGCUCUCCAAGUUUCCUCCCUUCCCCUGAAGGACAGCCAGGAGCUGACAGCCUCGCUCCUCUCCACUGGGUCCCAGAAGUUGGUGAAAAUUGAAGAUGUGGCUGACGUGGCUGUGUCCUUCAUCCUGGAAGAAUGGGGACAUUUGGACCAGUCCCAGAAGUCCCUCUAUAGGGAUGACCGGAAGGAGAAUUAUGGGAGUAUGACUUCCCUGGAUUAUGAGUCCAGGAAUGACAACGUGGAACUCACAAUAAAGCACAUUUCUGAUGAAGCUGAAUCAUCCUGGAUGACUUCAGGAGGCCCUGAGAGAACUGUUCCCUCGAGUCAGGAGUUUGGAGAAGUUAGCGACCUUCAUGGCAUGGUAGAAAGGUGGCAGGUCCACCCGCCAGGGGGGCGAUCAAGGCAGACCCCUCCCCAGAAGAGAGAGCUCGGGGCCAUCACCGACGUGACCCGGAAGCCACCCACCAGCGGCGAGAGGGGGCACAGGUGUAAUGACUGCGGGAAGUUCUUCCUGCAGGCCUCCAACUUCAUCCAGCACCGGCGAAUCCACACGGGCGAGAAGCCCUUCAAGUGUGGCGAGUGCGGGAAGAGCUACAACCAGCGCGUGCACCUCACCCAGCACCAGCGCGUCCACACCGGCGAGAAGCCCUACACCUGCCAGGUGUGCGGCAAGGCCUUCCGCGUCAGCUCCCACCUCGUCCAGCAUCACAGCGUGCACAGCGGCGAGCGGCCCUACGGCUGCCCCGAGUGCGGGAAGAGCUUCGGGCGCCACUCACACCUGAUCGAGCACCUCAAGCGCCACUUCAGAGAGAAAUCCCAAAGAUGUGGCAGUAGAAGAAGUAAGAAUACAAAACUGAAUGUCAAGAAGAAAAUUUCAGAGUUUUCAGAAGCGGACAUGGAACCCACAGGCAGACUCCAAAGAAAUGUGUCUCCAGUUCAAGAUUUUGGAGAAGGCCACGAGCACCAGGGCAAGUUGGAGAGAAAGCAGGGAAUGCCCAUGAAAGAGAUACUAGGACAGCCCUCUUCAAAGAGGAUGAAUUUCAGCGAAGUCACCUAUGCCCACAAAAAGCCCUCCACUGGAGAGAGACCCCAUAAAUGUAAUGAAUGCGGGAAGAGCUUUAUUCAGAGCGCACAUCUUAUCCAGCAUCAGCGGAUACACACUGGGGAGAAACCGUUUAGGUGCGACGAGUGUGGGAAAAGCUACAAUCAGCGUGUGCACCUCACUCAGCAUCAGCGGGUGCACACGGGGGAGAAGCCUUACACCUGCCCCUUGUGCGGGAAAGCUUUCCGAGUGAGGUCUCACCUGGUCCAGCAUCAGAGCGUGCACAGCGGGGAGAGGCCCUUUAAGUGUAACGAGUGUGGGAAGGGCUUUGGGAGACGGUCACACCUUGCUGGGCAUCUGAGGCUUCACUCGAGAGAGAAGUCCCACCAGUGUCAUGAAUGCGGAGAAGUCUUUUUUCAGUACGUUAGCCUCAUUGAACACCAGGUGCUCCACAUGGGCCAGAAAAAUGAACAGAAUGGUGUUUGCGAGGAAGCAUACAGCUGGAACUUAACGGUGAUCGAAGAUAAGAAGAUUGAGUUGCAAGAGCAGCCUUAUAAGUGCGACGUGUGUGGCGAAGCCUUUCAUUAUAGUUCAGACCUCAUUCAGCAUUACAGAACUCAUACCGCAGAGAAAACCUAUAAAUGUAAUCUGUGUGGAGAAAGCGUUGGCCAGUGUCCCCACAUCAACCAAUAUCCUAAAAGCUAUUGCAGCCUGAAAGCCCAUCAGUGUAAUGAAUGUGGCAGAGGUUUUGCUCUGAAGUCACAUCUCAAUCAGCAUCAGAGGAUCCACACUGGUGAGAAACCCUUUCAGUGUAAAGAAUGCGGCCUGAGUUUCGGUUGGAGUUGUAGCCUCUUUAAACAUCUGAGAAGUCAUGAGAGGACAGAUCCCAUAAAGACCUGAGGUGUCUAGAGGUUCCUAUCAUAGAACGGCUCUUACACAAUUUUAGAGACGCCUUCCUGAAGAGUAACCCUAUUCCUGUAACAAAUGUAGUCACAACCUCAAGCAUCUUCUUCAGCGUAGCCAUCAAACCUACAGAUAUGUUGAGAUCCUUUAUUUAGAACUUAGGACACCGGAGCAUCCACAGCAAGUACAGAUCUGCUUUCCCAAUGGGAAAGCUAUCGUUUCCAUCUUCAUUCGCAAGAGUCUAGACAGGAGAGAAAAAUACGGUGGGCGGGGGGGAAGCCUUCAGAAGGCACUCAUUCUUCACGUGAGUCUAAAAACAUUGACACUGGGAGAAGCCUCAUGAACUCGGUAGAAAUAAGCUUCAUUUGUAGUUUCUGCCUUGUUUGACAGCUUAUCUAUUCAGGGAAUAGCACAGUGAAAGAGAGAAACUUCAGCAUGAUCUUGGUGUUGGUAUCUCAGCAACGAACCUCAGCGGUAAUGCCAGCCACUGGAAUGCUCCAGGGGUCAUUCCCAUCUUGAGUAUUUUAAACCCUUUGAAAAGAAAUUGAUUUUUAAAGUAUUUAUAUCUGGGUGAAAAUGAGGUUCAGAGGCUGGAUGGUAUGUGUUCUUGCUGCCUUAUUCAGUCAACAACUUCUUCAUGAAACACACUCUACCUUUUUGUUUUGUCUUUGAUUCUCCUGGCACCAUGGUUAGCUAGUAGAAAAAAAGUUACGUUUUAAAUUCAGGAGAAACUGUGUUGGUCUGUCAUGUCUUAGGGAGAGGGGAGUGGGACCUUAAGGGAAUAAAGCAGACAGGCCAGGCUGUGGACUGGUGUUUAUUCUGUUACCCACACAAAUGAGGGUAACUUUGUCCAUAGAAGGAGUUGGACCAAAUUGAAUUGAGAAUUGAGUUGUGGUCCAAGCAAUAUGUGUGCCAACUCCCAGUUGCCCUGGAGUGGAUCUCCCCAAUAGGAUAGUGGAUAAAGAAUGAAUUUCUACUUGGGUUGCCACUGGAUUGGAGAGUAAACAUUCAUAGAAGGAGGGAGGUCCGGGUCUGGUGCACCCUGCCUUUUGGAAAGGUCUUAGAAGGAGUGAUGGGGGAAAGACGAUGACAUGGAAAAGAACGUUAACGCAAACCUGUUUGCUAGAGAGACGGUGAGAGGCUUUUGGGCACCACUGAAGUCCUGCUUCUGCUGAUGGCCUGAAUUACAAUAAACACCUAAUGAAUACCUGUU